AUGGCGAUUCAAACCAUUUUGGUUAUAAACAAGUCUGGUGGGUUGGUUUACAAGAAGGAAUUUCUCAAUGGUGGACACCGCCUAACGAGUAAUGAGUAUUUGGUGUUAGCCGGGACGUUACAGGGUGUAAUAGCGAUUGCUGGUCAAUUGACUCCCAAGGCUCUGCAAAUCACGAAAAAUUCAGGUAUUAAAGACGUGACAGAUCAAGAAACUUUGGUAGCAUACGCUGGACCUCUGGGGAUUUUGGAGUCGCAAGAUAUGGGUAGUUUCAUGCUACCGGACUAUUUUACAGAAAGCUUUAAAAGCUGGAACACAAGUGGCCUGAAACACAUUACGACAGAUCAACUUUCGCUGUUUGUGUUUCAAUCACUCACCGGUGUGAAAUUGGUCGCAAUCAGUACUCAGAAUUCUAUCAGCAAUGUGGCCGUCAGUAUAGCAGAAAACUUGCUUCGCAAAGUUUACUGUCUCUACGCAGACUACGUGAUGAAAAAUCCAUUCCACGAAGCCGAAAUGCCUAUAAAGUGUACGCUUUUUGACAAGAAAGUGGCUGAAAUGGUAAGCAGGCUGUAG